GUGUGGCUGGUUCAAGACCUGCCCGGGGCGGGGUGGGGGAUGCACCCCAGAUGUACCCAGCUGUUUUCUGCUGGCUUUGGCAAUCCCCCCAGGCUGUCUGAGCAUCCCCCACCCCCGCCUCCUUCUCCCCAGUCUGUGGCCGCCCCAGAGCUCAGUACCGGAGCGUGGGGGGUGAGGAUUCGAUGGAAGGUGAGUGGCCCUGGCAGGCGAGUCUGCUCUGGUACAACAAACACCUAUGCGGGGGAUCCCUCAUCUCCAACCAGUGGGUGGUGACGGCGGCUCACUGCUUCCAACGGAGUACAAACACCUCCAACUAUAUGGUUCUGCUGGGAGUCAACAAGUUGGCCAACAGUCAACCUCACAAGGUGUCCUUGGGUGUGAAACGCAUCAUCCGCCACCCGAAAUACUUAGGGGAAUCUUCCAGCGGAGACAUAGCCUUGGUGGAGCUGGCGAGACCCAUCCAAUUCACCGAUUAUAUCCUCCCCAUCUGCCUCCCAGCUGCCUCUGUCCAGUUCCCAGCAGGCAUGAAAUGCUGGGUAACCGGCUGGGGCAACAUCCGGGAAGGUGAGGACCUGCCAGCCCCGCAGACCCUCCAGAAGCUUCAGGUGCCCAUUAUAAACCAGAAGACCUGCAGAUAUCUCUACAGCAAGGCACUGGGGGGGAAGUUCCCGCCCAAGUCCAUCCAGAAUGACAUGAUGUGUGCCGGGUAUGCUGAGGGCAUGAAGGAUACAUGCAAGGGGGACUCCGGCGGCCCGCUGGUCUGCAAGGCCUCCAAGGAGUGGCUGCUGGCCGGGAUCGUCAGCUGGGGCGAAGGCUGCGCCAUCAAGAACCGCCCCGGGGUCUACAUCCGCCUCACCUCCUAUGAGGCCUGGAUCCACGACCACGUCCCCGACGUCGAGUUUGUGCCAGAAGAGAAGGGGAGGAACAUGUUCGGGAACGCUGGGGCUGGCUGGGCCGCGAGGACCGGCACGACCACCUGGCUGCUGCUGCUUGUGGGGCUGCUUCUCCUGGAGGGCUAGAAAGGGCUACUGUGGGGAGAGGCGGCUGGGUCGUCUCCCUCCCUGUCCCCAGGCUGGAAGAGGGGGUGGGAUCUGUCAGUGCCACCUGCCCAGAGGGCACCACCCCAUGCACUGACCUCCCAGGGAGGGCACCCCCGUCUCUCACUCACACCCAUGGGGGAAGGGGGCAGCGUGAGCAAACUCAGCAUCUGUCUGCCUGUCCUUCCGCAGCCGUCCACGGCCCAACUCUCUCACCUGUCUGAUCCAAGCCUUAUUUAUUGAUCAGUCUGUCUCCAGAGUCACUGAAUCUCUGUCUCUUGGCCUCUCUACCCCCUGCUCUGUCUGUCUGCAUAUCCCCAUGCACGUGCCUCCAGCCAGCCAUCCCUUAUCUCCAUAUACCCCAUCUAAGCUAACCUAUCCGUCUAUCUGUAACAGGGUCUGCACCCACCUCUGGCGAGCGCCCCCUCUGGUGGGGCGCGUCUGCGUUCGUUCAGUUCUGGUGACCCCCUUUGGUGGUUCUCAGGUGUUUUUUUCAAUGACUUAGCCCUCCAGCUGAGUCCCACGCACUGUCUGCAUGUGAACCAGAACAGACCCCUUCCGGGGCAUACACUCCACCGGGGCCUAUCUCAGUGCCCCUCUGGUGGUGUCUCUCCAGCUCUCCCUGGGCUCAGUCUCUAAAUAGCCCUGGCCCUGGUAUGGGGCCAUAUCCCCAGGGCUUCCUCCCUGGAGACACCGUCUUCCUGUGGCCUCCAGCUGGGCUCAGUCCUUCGUCCCAGCAGCCAGCCAGGAGCUCCUUCUUUGCUCCCCUGGUCCCUGCUAGCAAACUGUCUUUGGCUCAGUCCUAGCAGCCAGCCAGGAGCCUCCCCCUCCCCUGGUCCCUGCCCCCGCUUAGCUGUCUGUGGUCCUGCUGCUCUUCCAGCCAGGCAUGCGCCCUUUCUUCUCCAGCUCCAAGCAGCCACUGACUGCUAGUGCUCCUCUACUCUGCAGCUCCUUUUAUAUGGCCCCCCAGUCCCUGAUUAGCCGUUCUAGCAGCCCCUCUGGUUGGCUCCUCACAAGCAUUUGAGGCCGCUUGGAGGACCUCUCCACUGCUCCUUUCCCGGGAUGGUGGUGGCAGGACCGUGAAGCCUCCAGCAGGGGACUUUGGGACUAGUCCACCCCAUCUAUCUAUCUAUCUAUCUAUCUAUCCCUAUAUACCC